UCCCUCUCAUCAUUCAAAGCGCCGUGCCCUAAUUUUACGCUAAAAUUUCCCCUUCCCAAUUUCCACCCCCCAAGCUCUCUCUUCUCCAUCAAUGGCGCUGCGGAGAACGCUUUCCAAGCGCUUCCUUGAUGGAUACAGAGUCACUCCUUCUUCUGUCAAUUUCAGCUUCCGUCGCGACUACUUUUCUCCGCCGGAUUCGGCCGGGAGGAGCAUUUUCAGGAGGUUUCUUCAGAGGAGAGCGAUAUAUCAUUCGCCGUCCGCCGCGAGGAUCCCGGAGUUGAUGACUCUGCCGGUCGGCGAUAAGCUUAGGGAGAAACUCGGAGGUUGCAGCAUUACUGGAGAUCGAAUCCGCCUCGACGGCCUCAUUCCUCCGGCGUCGUUGGAAGAUCAACGCUCUGGUUAUGGAUGUGGAAUCUCGAUCGACGACGCGAGGAAGAUUAUAAGGCUGUCGCAGGUAGAGAAAUUAAAGUCAAGGCUGAGAGAUAUUCCGACGAGUUCCAUCUCAUACUCUGAAUUCACUCGGAUCUGCGUUGAAGGCUGUGGGAACGAGGAACAGGGUACUGAAUUCGCCAAGUUGUUGGAUGAAUCUGGACACGUCAUCGUCCUCGGGAAUAUAGUGUUCCUCCGGCCGGAUCAGGUGGCGAAAUCAAUGGAAAGCAUGAUAUCAGAAUCAAUAGCGACACCGAACGACCCAAGAUUCAAACAACUAGCGGAAAUGGAGAAGCAAAAGGCAAUUAUUGACAAAAAGGCCAAGGCCCAAGUCCAGGGCGAGCUUUUGUGCGGAUUGGGCCUACUGACGGCCCAAACAUUGGGCUUCAUGCGGCUCACUUUCUGGGAGCUGAGCUGGGACGUGAUGGAGCCCAUUUGCUUCUUCGUGACCUCCCUCCACUUCGCCCUCGGCUACGGCUUCUUCCUGACCACCUCCACAGAGCCCAGCUUCGAAGGCUUCUUCCGACGUCGUUUCAGAGCCAAGCAGAAGAAACUCAUGGCCUC